GCUUGAACCCCCUUCAGGGCUCCGGCGGGACGCCCAAGGGGGACUGAGGGGAGAGUGCCACUCUGUUUUCUUGGUUACUGGAUGAUAAAGAUGACGGUCCCUCUUCCAUUCCCAAGAAUUUGAUGGACAUAAUAAGCUGGAGUCUCUGAGGAGAUCUGGCAAAAAUAAAAAAAGCGUAUUUGAAAGCGGGCCUGAACUCAAAGCGGUGCAGAUGUUAAGAAGUUGCUGCUCUUUCUUAUAUCCUCCUGACUGCAAGUGACAGUCUUACCUAGUUGCACUACAACAAUGCUGCUGACGUGAUAAAUGUGCAGAGUUUGCCAUGCAUUGACUUGUUCUACCUUAAAGCCAUUAUAGUAAAACCAAGCAUAUGGAAAUUGUGAAGUGGCAUUACCAACAUUGGUUCCAUUGAUAUAUAUAUAUAGAUAUAUAUAUAUAUGUAUAUUUAACUGCAUUAGAAUGGCAAGUAAACGAAAAUCCACCGUACCCUGCAUGGUGCUUGCAAGUGAGCCGGAUCCAGACUUGGAAGCCGUGUCUGAUGUUGAGGAAGGACCACCUGUGACCACACCGGCAGAAAGUGUGAUGAGCGACGAGGAUUCUCGAGAAUACGUGGACUCGGACAAUCAGCCAAACAAAAAAGUUGAAGGAGGAUACGAAUGCAAAUACUGCACAUUUCAGACUACAGAUCUCAAUAUGUUUACUUUCCACGUUGACUCCGAGCACCCCAACGUUGUACUGAGUUCUUCUUACGUCUGUCUCGAAUGCAGGUUUGUCACCAAAAGGUAUGAUGCUCUUUCGGAACAUAAUGUGAAGCACCACCCUGGCGAGGAGAACUUUAAACUGACCAUGGUGAGACGUAACAACCAGACAAUCUUCGAGCAGACGGUGAAUGACCUCACUUUUGAUGGGAGCUUCGUGCAUGAGGACAAAGCUGAAGAGACAGAAGGAUCUGAGUUUCCCAAUUCAGGCAUCUCGAUUAGCAAAACCCCCAUUAUGAAAAUGAUGAAAAACAAGAAUGAGGCCAAGCGGAUUGCUGUUCUUCACGGUGCUGCCGAGGAACGCCCUGGGGAAGAAAAAGAUACUGAAACUGACCCAGACUGUGAGGAAAUAAUAGAAAAGCCAGUUUCUACUGCUACAGACACCAGCACAAGUAAUACACCGGCUACGGAGACUAUUAGCACAAUUGUGAACCCCACCACAUUGAUUCAACCUACACAAGUGAUCGCCACCAUAGCAUCUCCGCAGAACUCCAACCUAAUUUCAAAAGUCUUGAUCCCUGUCAACAGCAUUCCUACCUACAACAGUGCUUUGGAUAACAACGCCCUCUUGCUUAACACCUACAGCAAGUUUCCCUAUCCAACCGUGUCAGAGAUUACACUUCUUGCUAAUCAAGCAAAAUAUACCGAGGAGCAGAUCAAGAUCUGGUUCUCUGCCCAGCGUUUGAAACAUGGGGUCAGCUGGACGCCUGAGGAAGUGGAAGAAGCGAGGAGGAAGCAGUUCAAUGGCACUGUGCACACUGUCCCUCAAACAAUUACGGUGAUACCGGCACACAUUUCAACAGCCGGCAACGGUCUGCCUUCCAUUCUGCAGACCUGCCAAAUUGUUGGCCAGCCCAGCCUAGUUCUUACACAGGUUGCUGGUGCAGGUACGCUUCCGGUGACAACCCCGAUAGCCUUGACUGUGGCAGGGGUCCCAAAUCAGCCCCAACUGCAGAAAGCGCAGGUCCAAACUGCACAGCCUGUCGCUGAAACCAAGCAAGUAGCCGCUGUCCCGGCUGCUGUCCCUGCCCCUCAGCCUACAAAAUCGGAAGUGGUGAUAGCAAAUGCAGACUCUGCUGGAGCGCGUGCAAAGAAAACAAAAGAGCAGCUGACGGAGCUAAAAAUCAGCUACCUGAAAAAUCACUUUCCUCAAGAUUCUGAGAUAACCAGGCUCAUGAAAAUAACAGGCCUGACGAAGGGGGAGAUCAAAAAAUGGUUCAGUGACACCAGGUACAACCAGCGAAACUCAAAGCAUAACCAUUAUAAUAAUCUCGGCAACGAUUCUUGCCCUAUCAUCAUUGAUUCGAGUGAUGAAACAAACGAAUCCCCAACCCUGGCCUCACCGCAGCAGAAGCAGUCAUGGAAUGCCUCUGAUGGCACCACACAGAAAUUCAAAGAGAAGACCCCCAAGCAGCUGCAAGUCCUCGAAGACAGUUUUCAAAACAAUUCCAUCCUUACAGAUGAUGAACUGGCUAGAUUAAUGUCAGAAACUAAUCUCACCAGGCAAGAGAUCGAUGCUUGGUUCACGGAACAGAAGAAGUCCAAAAGUUUAAGCGAGGAAAGUGAGGAACUAAACGAGAGCAAUGGAAGCAUCUCAAAGGAAACAUCCACAGAGACAUCUGGUGGCGAAGGGACUCAGAAGUCGGGAAAGCUAAGUAAGAAGACCCCAGAGCAGCUCCAUAUGCUGAAAAUGUCAUUUGUCCGGACGCAGUGGCCGUCCGCAGAAGAAUAUGACAAGUUGGCUGAAGAAAGCGGACUUCCUCGACCAGAGAUUGUUAGUUGGUUUGGAGAUACUCGUUAUGCGUGGAAAAACGGUGGCUUGAAAUGGUACUACUCCUAUCAAGGGGCCAAUGCAAAUAGUGUGAAUGGUCAAAGCGGUUCCAGGAGGAGAGGGCGAGGAAGACCAAAGGGAAGAGGGAGAGGAAGGCCUCGCGGGCGAGCCAGAGGGAACAACAAAAGGAUCAAACACUGGGACCGGACUCCGGUCAUCAAAUUUAAAACUGGAAAAGCGAUCCUGAAGGAUUAUUACCUAAAACACAAAUUCCUUAAUGAACAGGACCUCGAUGAGCUGGUUGCCAAAUCACAUAUGGGAUACGAGCAGGUCAGGGAGUGGUUCGCGGAUAUGCAGAAGAGAGCAGAGCAAGGCCUCGAGCUGUUCGACGAGGAGGAGGAAGAGGAGGAGCUGCUGGAUGAGGACGACGAAGAGGAGGACGAGGACGACGAAGAAACGGAUGACAGUGACAAUUGGGAACCCCCUCGGCAUGUUAGGCGUAGGCUCUCAAAAUCAGACUGACAUGUAAGUUUCUGGGCUGUGGGAAACCGUAAUCUUGCUGUGUUGCACCAAGCGUUUGGUGCUGGUUCUAGGGGUUCUAGGAGCUGCCGACUUAGAAAUAGGUCGCUCUUGGAGAGGGGGAUUGAGUUGCUGACUUAUGCAGCUGACUUUAGUCUUGGUUAGCAGAAGUGGAAAAGCAAGUCCAAAAUUUGGAAUUACAAACCCACCCACCCACCCCACAUUCAGCUGUCCUCCAUAUCUCUACUGCUAGGGGAUACAUCGUGUUAGGAACUGUAUGUUUUAUUGCCUUAUGUUUUAUUUUUUAAAACCUUGUAAGGUGCAUUUUAUUGUUUUCCUCUUAUUGCCAGAGGGAAAAAAGUGCGAAACAAAAAGGUAUGAUUGUAGUGUUCCUUUCGCAAAAGUGUUUUGUCUUCCUCCCUUCCAGCAUAAGGAAAAAUUUCAAAGGAGUACAAGGUGGGUGGGGAUAAAGGAUACCAAAGGAAAGUGGCAGCAAUGGAGUGAGGUUUGCUUGAUGGUUUUUGUUGAGGGGUGGGUUGCUUUUAGGGCUUUUUUUGUAGCAGGCACUCCUUUGCAUAUUGACCAAUCUUCCAAGAGCUUACAGAACUGUUAUUACAGGGCCAACUGUAAGCUCUUGGAGGAUUGGCUACAUCAGGGAUGUGUGGCCUAAUACGCAGAGGAGUUCCUGCUACAAAAAAAAAAGCACUGCUUUUAGAACAAAAGAGGGGAGGGAGGAAUACCUUUGUUACAUAUGGAGCCAUGUGCUAGGUUUACAGAACUCUCUCUUGAGCUGUCUUCAGGGAGUGAAGGUUGGGCCAGGAGUACGUUUUUCUAAGAAAUAUAUAUGAAAUCAAACUGGUAUGUAUCAUAUUUAAAAACAAGAUAAAAUAGUGCAGCCAAUACCAAAAUUUGUUUUCAAUAUUGCAUCCUUUUUGAAAAGUGUAAGCUGAAGUUUCCUUCCAUACGGAAACCCCCUCCCCAGAAUUCCAUCUAGCAUAUUUCUUUUGAAAAUAACAAGAGAAGCAACAUUAAAAUAUCUGCACAGAUUGCUUUUGCUUAGAGCAGCCACCACCGGAUUCCUCAGCAUGGGACAGCUGGACACUUUGAGGGCCGUGGCUUCUUUAUUCUCCUCUGCCGCCUCAGAUGUACAUACCAAGUAGUUUGGCUGAGGAGAGCCGAGCUUUGCAGUCUUGCUGGCUGGUGCCCCUCCUGUCUUCAGAGCAGUGCCCACCAGACUGCCAGCACCUUGGCAGUUUUCCCAUCUUGCUUGAGGACCUGCAUGAUCUGGUCCAAGGGUGGCCUGUGAGGCGCCACGUCUUACCUGGCUGCCUCAAGACUGACACAUCCUUUUUCUGGGGGAAGAGCACCUGUCAGGUAAGAAGUGGUGAUUGCAAACAAGAAAGAAUAGCGAUCGCAGAUCUGAUCAAACUGCAAAUGCACAACUGCACUAAUGUGGCAUGUAAUUUUAUACAACGGGAAAGAGGAGUACGAAUUGUAACUGUUGCGGCUAUCGUUCAUCGUUUGGAAGCCAUGAAAGAAAUUAGCUGAGUUUUGGGGUGUGAAGCAUUCUUGAAGGCAGCAAUCAUCUUGAGGCCAGCUAAUCUGGUCUGUGGUUUCUCCUGAUUUAAGAGCUUUUGCUAUUGCAUCUGUGGCAAUGGUAAUUGAUAUGUUGAUAUUAAGUCAGAAACUUUGUAUCUUUAGAGGUUUCCGAAAACAUUUGAAGAGGAUUAUGUCAAAACAGGAAAGGUACCAGACUCCUGGGAGAUGUCUGAUCAUGUCUAAAGCAUUUGUUUCCUCCGCAUACAAUUUUGCAAUGAUUCCAUAACUCAUACUCCUUUGUGUAUAUAAUUUUAACAUUCUUAUAUACCACAUUAGUACAGUUGGGCUUUCCAGCAACUUUGGUUCUGUUGGGGUUUCCAGCAACAUCAGGUCAGAAGUGGUGUUGCAUACAGAAGGGCAGGGGAGACUUGAAUGGGAUCAAGAUGGACAUUGAAUUAUACUUGCAAGCGGGGGGGGGGGGGUUAUAGCAGGAACUCCUUUGCAUAUUAAGCCACACCCCUCUUAUGUAGCCAUUCCUCCAAGAGCUUACAGGGCUCUUAGUGCAGGGCCUACUGUAAGCUCUUGGAGGAUUGGCUACAUCAGGGAGGUGUGGUCUAAUAUGCAAAGAAGUUCCUGCCACAAAAAAAGCCCUGCCUGCAAGCUUCCCUUUGGCCAUCCCUUGGUUUAGAAGACCAGGAGUUCUCAAGACUAAGUUGAGGAAGGCUUAAACUUUCUUAAGCAUGAACAGAGAGGGAGAGGGGGAAAGCAGGCUUCUUCUAAUUCUGUGCAACCCUUCAAACAGUGCAGUCAAGUGAAAAAGAAAGUUCAGGACCCUUCUGUCUCACUCAGUCCUCUGGCUAUCAUUCAGCAAAGAGGCAAGAAAGCUAGCUGCUUCCCUCUUGACUUCAAGCAUGGGCAAUCUUCAGAAUGUGAAUUAUACCAGAGUUCUCAUGAUUGGGAGUCAGUGAUCCAACCCAGUCAAGACACUUGUAAACCAAAAUGAGGAGGAGUUAGCAAGACAAUUCAUGGCACCCAUGACAGAUAUCAACAACUUCUGUCUUAGAAACUUCUGGGUUUGCAGCAGGUAUGAAACUGAAGAUUCAGAACAGCUACAGAUUCGUGAAAGAAUACUUCAGAGUCUACAAGUUUUGGCCACGAUUCCACUGUUUGAAUUCAUAGGAGGAGUUCAAGGGUGCCGUUCCUGUUUUUCUAGCUUUGAGUGUUGCUAAGUAAUUCACACGGUUCCCUUUGUCUCCCUUUGCGGCGGCAGCCCUAGUGGGGAGAUUGUACAGCUAGCAUGACUAGACUAAGUGGAAACGAGCUGAGGCAGUUAGCUACCCCUGCGGUUCCGCAACUAGGUCAGGCAACGCUGCCUAUAAUGAAUUUGGGUCUCAGCUUUAUUUUGGCAUCAUUUUUCAGAAGUGCUCUGCAUUUGAGUAGAUCAUUGUUUUUUGCUGUUCAUUGUUACUGUCCAGAAAGCUGCAUUUCCUUACUUCAGUGUCUGACGGUCCAAAUCUAACAAAGUAUUGGAACUUUGAUUUGUUAAAAUAAAAAUUCAGCACUCAGAUAUGCCCUUGAAGCCCUACUUUCUGGUUUGGUGCAGACAUAGUGCUGGUUUCUUGAAAAACAUUCUUGGUAAAUUGGCUGAGGAAUGUGUGCGCUCUUCCAUUUUUGGGGCAUUAAUCAUGGUUUAGCAUUGCAAGCGCAACAACCAAGGUUAAUGCUAACCAGGGUUCUCUUUUAACUUAUUUAUUUAAGGCUUUUCUGUCCAGCCUUAUCUUCUUGGACUCAAUGUGGCAAACAAUGUAGCAACCAAAUUGUAAAAGAUUUAAAACGCAGUUGAUCAAUAUGAAAACACUCAGACUUAAUCUACCAAAGAGUUAAAAUACACAGGAUCAGCAACCUCAUGAGCAGAUCUGCUAAGAAAUUCGCCCUCCACCAAACGUUCUGAAACUGGUGACCACUUCAAGGCAAGCAGAGUUGGUUCGCCAUUGCCUUCCUCUGCGGAGUCUUCCUUGAUGGUCACCCAUCCAGGUACUGACCUGGCUUAGCUUCUGAGAUCUUAUGGGAUUGGGCUACACCAGAGGUCCCUGACCUUUUUGAUCCUGUGGGCACCUCUGGAAUUCUGACAAAACACGGUGGGCCACAACCACAUAACAACGGCCACAAAAUGGCUGCCAUAGGAACCAGACCCUGCCAUGCAACGGCUACUGCAGCUUCCCUGCAGUCACACAGUAUAGUGCCUUGUGCUGUGGUGGCAACUGCUGCCAAUGCAACAUUUUUACAAAUCUGCACAGUCAAUCAAAUCUCCAGUGGCCAAUCAGAAACUAUGCUGGGCAAAAGUCCCACCUGGCUUUGCCCAUGUUCUGAAAAAAACACUUUCUAAAGCACUUUCCAAAAAAACACUUGGUGGGCACCAGGAAAGGUGUCAGUGGGCACCAUAGUGCCCACAAGCACCAUGUUGGGGUCCUUGGACUAUGCCAUGCCGCCUUUCCUCCCUGGGACUGUCUUACAUGCCUUCAAAAAUGUGGCAAGGUGCCCUACUUACUCACUCUGGCAGGUAGUUUCCAAGGAAUGGGCCCACCGUGAAAGCAUAAACUGCAAACUCACUUCCAAGAAUGGUUUCAGGUUAUAUGAGGGUAGUGAUGCUUGUGUCGAUGCAUGUGAAGUCAUUAUACCAUGGUUCUUGCCAGUUGGGGGUUGAGACGUGCUGUGAGCCGAGGGGAGCAUGCAUAUCCAGGCUUUUGCGAUUUUGAUCUGCAGAAGGGAAAAGCUUGCUGGGAGCCAGAUUUGCAUCCGCACUUGACUCUGUCAUUGCUAGCCAGUUCCUCAAUGCCAGAUAAACGGGGGCCGGAUACUGUUCGUUCUAAAUGCGUUCAAAGACAUUCUCUUUUCACAAUGGCUGGAGCUAUAGGGGAAAUAAUCCCUGCUAAUGCACAGGAUGAAAUAAGGCAGAGAUGAGCAUGUCUGGACUUGCUUAGAGGCAUUGCCGGGUGGCGACUUCCAAGGGUGCGAAAAGCAGGAUUGAUUACAGUGUUUGUUUUUUCUGUCACAGGAUCAUUUGUCCUGCUCCACUCUCCCAACGGUGAAUGUAUCUUAAGAGCUGGUCACCAUCCAGUGGGAAAUGCUGAUCUAGUUCUCAAGCCUAACUGUCGCUAAGUGAUGUUUUAUUCAUAACAGUUUUCUGAUGUGGAAAUGGCACGGUUAACAGUGCAGUCCUGAAGACACUUUCCUUGAAUUAAGCCCACUAGAAAGAUUGGAGCAAGAUUCAGAAUGGAUCUUUUGAAGAUGAUUCUCUUAACAGUGCAAUCUGAAAAAUAGAGUUAUAUUCCCUUCUAAGUCCAUUGAAGUCAGUGGCUUUAAAAUGGUGUAACCCUGCAUGGGUUGCACUGUAUAUCAUCUUGUGUUGACUUUUCGGUAUAAAAACUAAACAUCUCUCUCCAGAAGAGGGCAUAUUUGUAUACCUUGUGGGCUCAUGCUAAAACCCUGGGGAUGUCUGUUUGUUUUCACAGAAAGGACAUCCUUCUCUUCCAUCUGGUUUUAAGGCAGAAGCCAACAAGUACACGGAGAGUUUUCUGUUAUCAGGCUCAAAAAAAAUUUUUUUUAAGGAAUGCUAAAUUUCUCAUGGAUUGCUGCCUUGUCAUGGCGAGAGGGCUUGCGUGGUUCAAUGAGACUGUGGGCUAUGCCAUGCAGGGUGACCCAAGAUGGACAGGCCACAGCUGAGAACCCAUACUAAAUGUGAUCCACAAAAGCUCAACAUCAAAAAAACCCCUAAGAUCAUGGCAUCUAGCCCCAUCACACCUUGGCAAAUAGAAGGGGAAGACGUGGAAGUAGUGACAGACUUCACAUUUCUGGGAUCCAAGAUCACUGCAGAUGGUGACUAUAGCCAUGAAAUUAAAAGACGUUUGCUCCUUGGGAGGACAGCUAUGGUGAACCUGGGCAGUAUAAUAAAAAGUAGAGACAUCACCCUGCCAACAAAAGUCUGUAUAGUCAAAGCGAUGGUACUCCCAGUAGUAAUGUAUGGUGUGAGAGCUGGACCAUAAGGAAGGCCGAGCGCAGAACAAUAGAUGUGCUGGAGAAGACUCUUGAGAGUCCCUUGGACUGCAAGAAGAUCAAAUCAGUCAGUCCUAAGGGAAAUCAACCCAGACUGUUCCCUGAAAGGUCAGAUGCUGAAGCUCAAAUACUUUGGCCACCAAAUGAGAAGGGAGCACUCUCUGGAGAAGAUCCUGAUAUUGGGAAAGACAGAAGGCAAAAGAAGAAGGGGACGGCAAAAGAUGAGAUAGCUGGACAGUGUUACUAAUGUAACAAACACGAAUUUGAGCAGACUUUGGAGGAUGGUGGAAGACAGGAGGGCCUGGCGAGACUUUGUCCAUGGGGUCACAAAAAGUCGGACUUGACUGUGCAACUGAACAGCAACAAGAAAAAUUUAUUUUGAAAACUGAUUUCUAAGCUCACUGGAAAUCUGUCUCCGGGUAUUUGUAGACCUGGGGCUAAGAGUACCAAAAUAGUAUCAUCAAGAUUGAAUUCUCCCUAGAAGCUAAAAAGGCUAAACUACCAUAUUUUGAUGACAUUAUGAGAAGACAGGACUCUCUGGAAAGGACAAUAAUGCUGGGAAAUGUUGAAGGCAGCAGGAAAAAAGGAAGACCUAAGAUGAGAUUGACUGAAUCAAUAAAGGAAGUCAUCACCCUCGGUUUGCAAGACCUGGCUCUGAACGAGAUUAUUGACAAUAGGACAUUUUGGAGGGCAUUCUUUCAUACGGUCACCACAAAUCAGGAACGACUAACACACAGUACACACACACAUAUCAUGGUAUAAGUGCAAAAAGGCCACCAGUCAUGGGUUAGUUAGUGCCUUCUGUGUUCAUGCAAACGUCACCAUUUCCAACAAAAAACAAGAUUUGUUCUCAGACCUGUGAAAGUCUAAUGCAGGAGUGUCAAACAUGCAGUUUGGGGGCCGAAUCAGGCCCCCGGAGGGCUCCUUUCAGGCCCCUGAGCAACUCUGUCAUCUGCUUCCUUCUCUCUCUCUCUUGCUUCCUUCUGCAUCACGGCUUGCUUUGCAAGGCUUGCUCAAUUGCACAGGAGCUACAGAGCAAAACCUCUUAUUUUCUCCAUUGGCUGAGGCUCCUCCCUUGGGGAAGAAGGGGGCAGGAAAAGCUUGCUUUGACAGGUUUUCUCAGUUGCACAGCAGAGCUACUGAGCUGAGCCUCUCUUCCUUCUAUUGGCUGAGGCUCCCCCCCCCCAGUCCCCUGGGGAAGGAAGGCAAGAGCCAGAGCUUCCUUUGCCCAGGAAAUAAAAAGAAAGCAUCUUUAAGACCAAUGAGUGCUAACGUUUUAAGAAUGUUUUACGUUUUUUUUUUAAUUGUAUUUGUGUUCUUUAUAAAGUUUAUAUCUCUGCUACCUAAUCUUAAAUAGGUACACACGUGGCCCAGCCCAACAUGGCCUGGCUCAACAAGGUCUCGUUUAUGUCAGAUUCGGCCCUAAUAACAAAUGAGUUUGAAACCCCUGGUCUAAUGUGCUCAGUUUGACUUUGCUGCUAACCAAACUGGGCUCAUACUUCAGUUUUGGCUCACUCAUUCAUCUCCUGCCCCCUGGCUGAAAUUCCACAGCUUUCCUAAAACACGUCUCACAAAAUGUUCAGCGCUGCUUAGUAUUGCCACUGUAUUUUUGCCACAUCCUAAGAAAUUUUAUUUAGGAGACGGUCAAUCCUCGUUCUUCUUAAGGGAUGUGGUCAUAAGAGCACUUUGAUUUCAUGGAUGGUCAGAGAAACAGCUCGUGGGUGACAUGUUCGGCUCAAAGAUGCUUGUGGGAGCUGGAGCUCAGAAGAUGGCAAUCCAGUGCCCAUCCUUCUACCAGACCUUUGUGUCUCCUCAUAGGAGAAGGCUGAAUUUAAAGCCAAAGGAAGCAUGGAAUCAAUGCUGGGUUUAUCUAGGUCUUGCAUGGGAAGGUUUUGGGAUAUGAAUUGCAAUUUCAUGUCUACCCUUUUUGCCCCAGUUAAUUAAAUACGUUGCCCUUGGGAGUUUGUUAGUAUGUUCAUGCCAGAAGAAACAUCAGGCACAAAUGAGAACCAGUGUAAUGCCAUCUUGUCAGCAGUCCCUUGGUAGGAAUAUGAACUUUUGGACGGCACAUACAUGCCAUGAGGCAGGGGCGGGGCUCAGCUCCCACCCAGGGGCAGAACUAGUAAGGUCAAGGGGGAGGGGUCUGUGAACAGCGAAGAGGCUGAGCAGAGCCAUAGAAAAGGUGGACAGUUUGUUGCGAGAGGAGAACUGAAUACUGAGCUGGAGGAUGAAGGAUACUGAGAUUUUACACACACGUUGCUGGAUCUAAAAAUUCUUUUCCUUGGAGAAAGGCUCCUCACUUAGGAAUCAAAUAAUGUAAUCCAGAGUCAUAAUUCCUGCCUGUAGAAAGCCUUGUUCUGGCCAGUGUCCUUUUACUUCACAGACGAACAGGCUGGUUCCAUUCUAUCACUUGUUUGUAGUGGCUUACCCCUCAGUUCACCCUAACCUGGAUAGCCCAGGCUAGCCUGCUCUCGUCAGGACACGGAAGCUAAGGAGGGUUGGCCAUGGCUCGUAUUUUGAUAGGAGACCUCCAAGUGAUACCUGGGUCAUCAUGCAGAGGCAGGAAAUGGCAAACCACCUCUGAUCGCCUCUUGCCUUGGAAGCCCUUGGAGUCGUCAUCAGUCAGCUGUGACUUGACAGCAGUUUCCAUCACCCUCACCCCUCAAUUCCUCUGACUGAGUGGGCUGUUGCUUCUCUUCCAGCUCUGGGGUCCAGAGUGCUCUCACAGUGACCCCCCCCCCCCUCUGCAGUCUGGCUCUCGUAAGUUUUCCUUAACUUCUUGCCUCUGCAGGGGUUUACCUGAACAUAUCUUCAUUUCUUGAACUGGAAAAACAAAACUUAUAAUUUAGCAUGGACUAAGAGACUUUUUUUAAGUUGUGAAAAAGUAUACACUGAGGAAUAGAAUGAGUCAGCCAGUCUUAUGCGGUUCUUAACAUCUCACAAGGGUGUUCUUCACCAGUUCAUUUCAGUGCCGGGCCUGUUUGGUGGGAGUGAGGAUAUUUAGCUGCCUGUUUCCAAGUUGUAUCUGCCAUUAAGGUCCAGUAGCAUCCACAGAAUCUUUCCUGUUGUCCUUCAGCAGGGCCCUUGAGCAUGCUAGAUCUUUGCCCAAGAUAGAAAUACAGUAAUCUGGUGUGAGCGUUAAAAAAGGCAGAAAUCAGUAUUGGCAAAGAAAGCCACCACAUUCUGAACAAUUGCUCUUGCUCAAAGUUAUAAGCUGCUGCCAUAACUGGGGCAUGAUUUUGCCUUCCUGCUUAGCUGCAUCUUAGGAGGGUGAUACCAUUUUCUUUUAUUAAACCACAAGCCGUUCCGUACUUUGAAAUCUCAGAAAGGCAGCUGUAUUGACACUUUUGAAAUACGUGAAUCUACUUAAAAUGUAUCCAUUCGGAUGAUCAAUUGGCUCACAAUUUACUGCAGGGUAGGCUUUUAAAAAACAUUUUAGAUGCUUUCUAGGAAGUACUUUACACUUGCUCUGAGAAGCACAUGAAACGAAAAAUACCAGUAAACAAGUCCUGCGGCCAUUGACGUGUGGAAAUGAAUGAGAACUUGAGCAGAGUUUGGAGGUCAUAGACCACUUCCCAUUCUGCUUUAGACGUGUCUUCUAUUUUUAGCACACAGGCCUGAGGACGCUUAUUAGGCUUCUUUGGUUCUGGUCCCAGUAACUCUUGGGACCCAGGCGACUUCCCUUUCCAGAGGUAGAAAGCGUUUUGGUGCUGAUUAACUGAGCCCUGUGCGUACGACAGUGUUGUUUCUCUUUAUAUUUCGGAUUUUAAGUUUGCAAAGCAUUUUGGCCUGACAGUACUGUGAGAUUCCUGUUAUUUUGUCUGUGUUGUAUUUGUUUACAGCCUGAUUUCCCCCUAGCUUUGCUAUGAACAGAGAGAACGGUGGCACGGCAUCACAAGGCCCCAAGCCAGCCCUGUGACAAGAUGCAGCUACAGGACUUCCCGACUGUUACAUGAUCCCUUUCAAAAAUGGCAUUCUUCCCAGCUUCUGGGUGAAAAAAUACAGUUCUAGUCAUUUGAUACUCUCCUUAGGAUACAGGGUUGAAAGAUUUGCACUGAAUAGCACAAGAGAUCUGAAAUCCCAGGCUUGCUUCAGUGAAGCCCCGGCAGGUUUUUAAAAACAUUUUCUUUUGAUGCAUACAAUGAAACAUCUUAGUUUGUCCUGUUUUUGCAUUCGUGCAUCAUGCUGUGUUUGAACCAUGGGAAUGGUGCUUCUGUCUUCGUGGGUAUAGAUUUGAAAUCAGCAUGGAGCAAAUGAAUGAAUCUGUCCCUGGUGUACUGUAAUUGCAGGUGACCAAAACGAUUAGGCUCCUUUAGAAGUGAAGAGUUUUGUUGCUUGACUGGUGCGCAGUUGCUCGCUUAUAGGGUUUUUUUUCUUUCUAGCUGCCUGGAAGCAAGGAAGGGAGAGCAGUUGGGGGGGGUGGAUAUCCAGGUCCAAGGGCUCUGAUUUACUGUGAAUUUUUUUGGGGUGGGGGCUGCCUGAUCUUUUGUGAAAGCGAGAAAAGCACCAGACAUACAACAACCCUGGUACUGAACUACGCUACGAGGAUCCAAACGUCUGCGCUGUGCCAAAGUUUAAAAAAAAAAACACUUCUGCAGCUGGAAAGAGGUCUGCACAUGUAUAUAAUACUAGUUAAAAAUUGACAACCUGUAAAAAAAAAAAAGGAAAAAUAAGAUUUUAAUAGAGAACAUUUUUAUUCUGCUUACACGAUGGGAAACUUUCUGUUCUACGAACUAUUCAAAAGGGGGGAAAUCAGUGACCACUAGAUUUUUCUUUUUUUUGUCUGGCUUGUACUGAUUAACUGUUAUGUUCCUAGUCUAAAGAUGGGCUUCAUUGCCUGUGUUAUUUGAUAUGUGAUUUAAGCUUAUAGCUUUGAGUGACCAAACAUUUUACAGAGUAAAAGUUCUUAGAAACAAGUAAA